AUGGGCCGAGCUCCCUGCUGUGAUAAAAUCGGACUAAACAAAGGCCCAUGGUCUCCUCAAGAAGAUCGAAUACUCAUUCAUUUUAUUCGCAUGAAUGGCCAUGGGAACUGGCGUGCAGUCCCUAAACAAGCAGGACUCUUAAGAUGCGGUAAAAGCUGUCGUCUAAGGUGGGUCAAUUACCUCAGACCAGAAAUUAAACAUGGGAAUUUUACUUCUGAAGAGGAAGAGACUAUUAUUAAGCUUCAUCAACUUCUGGGCAACAGGUGGUCGGCUAUUGCUUCACGUCUGCCUGGAAGAACAGAUAACGAGAUAAAGAAUGUGUGGAAUACUCGCUUGAAGAAGCGGGUUUCAAGAGUGGGACUCGAUCCAGUAACACAUCAACCCAUUUCU